AUGGCGUUAUUAUCUCAAGUCCUUCUUCCUAUUUCAGCCAUCACUGUCCGCUAUCUGACCAAGCGCUACAUCGGGGAGUACAGUUCCGGGACAGACUUUGAGUACACCAGCGUGGUCAACAUCGGGGAUGAACCGGUCAAGUUGGAGAUUCUGGACACUUCAGACAGCCAGGACGGUUUGACGGAAUCCACGCUGCGGAGGUACCAGGCCGAUGCCUUCAUCGUCGUCUACAGCAUUGCUGAUGUCUCUGCCGCCGUCGCCGUCCAAACUGAGUUGGAGAAAAUACACAGGGGGCGGCAAACUCCGCGAAGUGCCGUAAUCAUACUUGGCAACAAGCUCGAUCUAGAACACUUCCGGCAGGUGGAAGCAGGCGACGUCCGGCCGCUCGCUCAAAAGUACCAGUGUCGCCAUGUUGAAAUUUCCGCCGCCGAAGACUUUUCGAGCGUAUGUUCUGUUUUCGAAGGACUUUUGUCAGACGCAUUUGAGGCGCAGAAACAAAGGUCGAAAAAUGUGAAAAGGAGGCGGAGUAUUUUAGGGAAUAUGUCGAGAAAGUUGGGCAACAUGUUUAAAAGGAAGAGCUUAGAAGAUCUUCUCUUGAAAAGGCGGCUUUCACCAUCCAGGCAAACUGCAAGACGGUCGUUGUGA